CAAAUCCCGCCAUUCCCUUUUCUUUAAAAAGAAAAAUCUAAUUUUCUCAAGAAAACCCUAACCCACGCUCUCCUUUUUCCCUCCCAUGUUUUCCCGCCUCCCAAUCACUCCUCUUUUUUAAUACCCUAGUCUAUCUUCUCUCCUUCAUUCUGCCCUCUGUCUUUUCUCCUCUCAAAGAAAAAAAACAAAGAAAGCCUCAUCAAACCUUCGAUCCCGGCAAUGAAGCCCAUUUCAAGAAGAAGAAGCAGUGAAUGCUAUUACAGAUAUUUGAAACCAGGAGCACUUGCCCAACUCAGAAAUUCUAAAAUCAGCGCUAGAUCUCAUAAUAAACCCAUUAGUAUCAUCUCUUUAAUCAACCACCCAGUUGAUGAGUCAUCGCCGCCGCCAAUGACGACCCAUCAUCAGAUUUCGGUGGGUGAUGGGGAGCAAGUUGUUGUUCCUUGCCUAGUCAGCAAGACCUACGGUCCCAGAUGCCUUAAAAGAAAAAAACUUAUGGCUGCUAGAUCUGUUUUCUUUCUCAAUUUGGAGUCUGCUGAUAAUGAUUCUUCAAUUACUCUGUUUAAUAAUGAUUCUCUUGUUGCUCAUUAAUUAUAACUCUUGGAUAGAUAGAUUUCAAGUUCUCUUUUUCCUUUUUCUUUUUCCGAUUACUUUUUUGUAAUUGCUCAUAAAUUGAGUAUUGGGUUAUUAGCAUAAUGAAUGAUACUCAUUGGUAACAAAAGAUACCGACUUUGUUUCCUUUUGUGCGUGAUUAGUGAUAAAUCUCCAUGUGUUACUUGUAUAUUAUCA